GUCCGAUUAACUUGUCAGUCUACAACUGACUAUCGAGGGUGAUGCUUCUUGAUUUGUGAAUGUGAUAGUUGCGCGCCGCAUAAACAAAGACGUCUUAGUGAGUUUUGGUGGAGCGGUUUUUCAAGUGCAGUUCGUAUGGUGAUGUCAGAGACCGGGGGACUGGCAAUGCACCAGUUACCAAUGCAUCACAGGGGGUUGGUUCAACCCAGCCUCGUUAUGAAUCCGCAUCCUUUGAGCGAUUCUUGCUCGGUGGAAUCACAAAGCAAAAAGAAUCGAAGGACAAGUCACUGCGUAGGGUGCGGAGGCCAAAUUCACGACCAAUAUAUCUUGAGGGUGGCACCGGACCUGGAAUGGCAUGCGGCGUGUCUCAAAUGUCAAGAGUGUCAACGGUUUCUUGACGAAUCGUGUACGUGCUUUGUUAGGGAUGGGAAAACUUAUUGUAAGGUGGACUACGUCAGGUUAUUCGGUACCAAGUGCGACAAGUGCGGCCUGUCUUUCAGCAAAAGCGACUUUGUGAUGCGAGCUAAAAGCAAAAUUUACCAUAUAGAGUGUUUUAGGUGUCGUGCGUGUACCAGGCAACUUGUACCCGGUGACGAGUUCGCGUUAAGAGACGGUGGAGUUCUUUAUUGUAAAGAAGACCACGACGCUAUGGAGAAGACAACUCCUCCGACGGCGGGACACACACCUAGCGCGGAGAGUAACAAUAAUACCAGUUUAAGUAACAAUAACCAUAAUAGUAAUUCAACAGAAUUGGGAUGUAUGUCGGAUUCAGGUUCAGAAAGCGGGUCCCACAAAGGCGGAGGUCAUCGAAAAUCCGGCGGUGGCAACAGCGCGUCUGGAGGAACCGGCAGCGAUGGAAAACCGACGCGCGUCCGUACCGUCCUCAACGAGAAACAGUUGCAUACCCUGCGCACGUGCUACGCGGCCAAUCCGCGACCGGAUGCUCUGAUGAAGGAACAACUAGUCGAGAUGACGGGUCUGUCGCCGAGAGUAAUCAGGGUGUGGUUCCAAAAUAAGCGGUGUAAAGAUAAAAAGAAGACGAUUUUGAUGAAGCAACAGAUGCAGCAGGAAAAGUAUUAUUCACAGGAUGGCCGUAAGAUGGGUUACGGUGCGAUGCAAGGCAUCCCGAUGGUGGCAUCGUCACCGGUCCGACACGAUUCACCAAUAGGCGUCCAUCCCUUAGAAGUCCAAGCGUACCAACCUCCAUGGAAAGCGCUAUCCGAUUUCGCCCUCCACGCUGACCUAGAGCAACCUCAUCAACCUGCCUUCCAGCAGCUGGUAAACCAGAUGCACGGCUACGACCUUCCUCCACCUUCGUUAGGCCCCUCGCCGGGCGGGGGUCCCCCGCAUCCUGGCCUGAUGGGUCCAGGGGGCGGGGGGCCCGGAGCGCCUUCAUCUGACGCCAUGACCCAUCCUGACAGUACCGACAGUUAUGUAACGUAUCUAGACAGCGACGAAUCCUUACCGGCCAGCCCCUAACACUCGGGGGCCCCCAUGAGCAACUAGCGUUUUGCCCCCCAUUUGGCCGCCUGUUGGGGGGCCUUACUCGUCAGUCACUUGGCCGCCUACAUGCCUUCUUCAUAGGGGUUCGGAA